CUAGCAAGUUAUAAUUGCUGUUAGCACUACCUACAUUUCAUCGAUAAUGGGGUGCGAACAACAAUACAACGUGUUGUCUAAGAUUGCAACCAACGACGGGCACAGCGAAGAGUCUCCUUACUUUGAUGGAUGGAAGGCUUACGAUAGGGAUCCUUUUCACCCUACUCAGAAUCCUAAUGGAGUUAUACAGAUGGGUCUUGCAGAAAAUCAGCUUUGCUUUGACUUGAUUGAAGACUGGAUUAACAGACACCCGGAAGCUUCAAUUUGCACCACCCAAGGAGUUAACGGAUUCAAGGAUACUGCUAUCUUUCAGGACUAUCAUGGGUUGUUGUCCUUCAGAAAGGCUGUCGCAAAUUUUAUGGGGAGAGUAAGAGGAGGUAGGAUCACGUUCGACCCAGAGCGCAUAGUCAUGAGCGGUGGAGCAACUGGAGCUCAAGAAAUGCUAGCUUUUUGUUUGGCCGACCCUGGUGAUGCCUUCCUAGUCCCCUCACCCUACUAUCCUGCUUUUGAUCGAGAUUUGAGGUGGAGAACAGGAGUUCAACUUGUUCCAGUCAUUUGCAACAGCUCUAACAAAUUCAAUAUCACUAGAGGUGCACUGGAAGAGGCAUACAAGAAAGCCCAAGAGGCCAACAUCAAAGUAAAGGGUUUGGUCGUUACAAAUCCAUCAAACCCACUAGGGACAAUCUUAGAUCGAGACACAUUAAAAACCCUAGUAAGCUUCAUCAACCAAAAGAACAUCCACCUAGUUUCUGAUGAGAUAUACGCAGGAACUGUCUUCAGCCAUCCUACCAAUUUCAUAAGCAUCUCUGAGAUAAUAGAGGAAGACACCGAGUGCAAUCGUGAUCUCAUUCACAUCGUCUAUAGUCUCUCUAAGGACAUGGGACUACCAGGCUUCAGGGUUGGCAUAGUGUACUCAUAUAAUGAUGCCGUAAUGAACAGCAGUCGCAAGAUGUCCAGCUUUGGACUUGUCUCCACACAGACGCAACACCUAAUCGCAUCGAUCUUGUCAGAUAACGAGUUUGUUGAGAGCUUCAUCCAGGAGAGUGCAAUAAGGCUAGCGACGAGACAUAAGAUCUUCACGACGAAGCUUGCCCAAGUGGGAAUUGAUUGUUUGAAGAGCAACGCCGGUCUUUUCUUUUGGAUGGACUUGAGGGGUCUCCUCAAAGAACCAACUGCCGAAGCAGAGAUGGAGCUGUGGCGUGUGAUUAUCAACGACGUUAAGCUCAAUGUUUCGCCUGGUUCAUCUUUCCAUUGCACGGAACCUGGUUGGUUCAGAGUAUGCUUUGCGAAUAUGGACAGUGAAAUUAUGGAAGUGGCUCUGCGGAGAAUUCAGAACUUCGUGCUUCAUCCCAAGGAAGCAAACGUGCCUGUAAAGAACAAGAGUUGGCUGAAAAAUAACCUCCGAUUAAGCUUAUCAUCUCGGAGAUAUGAAGAGGUGGUCAUGUCACCACACUUGAUAUCGCCUCACUCGCCUCUUGUUAGUGCCAGGACUUGA